AAGCUCAACUAAUGACUAGUAUUCCAGCCUUCCACUAUUUUUUCUUUCAAAAACUCCCACCAAGUUUUUUCGACGCCACUAUUUCUAUUAUUUUCCUCUACACUUGGGCAUCUUCUUCAGUAACCCUACUUCUCCAUGUCGUCGCCGCCAGGCGGCGACGGAGCCGCUACCUGUUCAUCAUGUUUUUCCGGCGAGAAUGGUGGCUUCGAUGGCGACGAUGCCAAUUCGUCUGCUAAUCCUCCCUGUGUGCAAUGCAUGAGAUCGGAUCAUCCUUCGUGCUCUUAUUCUUUGUUGGGGUUUGAUUCGAUUCAAUUAAAGGACUCGGAGAAGCUAUGGAGAAUUAUUACCGCUUCAGCUAAAGGAUUCUCAAUUGGUGCCGGCCUUAAAGGAGGUCUUUCUCUGUUUUCAAUUCUCGCUAGGCUGCGCCGCAGCAGAUUAUCCUCUUCCUUGAGGAAAGUUGAGGUGUUUUCCAAUAGUGAAGCUAUUGCAUUGGCUCUUAAAGAGACGCUAAGAUACGGGCUGUUCCUUGGGACCUUUGCUGGUACAUUUGCUUCUGCAGAUGAAAUUAUUGCUUCUUUGGGAGGCCACUGCAGGACUGCAAAAUGGAGAGCAUUAUUGGCUGGAUUAAUUGCUGGGCCCUCUAUGCUUCUUACGGGGCCGAACACGCAGCACACAAGCUUGGCGAUAUACAUACUUAUGCGUGCUUCUGUAUUGGCGUCACGUUGUGGGGUUAAAAGCAAACGGUUUGGGAAAUAUUGUAAAGCUCUGACUUGGAAGCAUGGAGACAUAUUCCUCAUGUGUCUUUCUUCUUCUCAAAUUUUGUCAGCUUACAUAUUGAAGCAAGAGAGUCUGCCCCCCUCAUAUAAGUCCUUUCUCAAUAAACAUGGUGGGAAAGAUCCUGUUAUCUUGCAAGGAGUGAAGGACAUAGCAAGUGGCUUGCCUUUUACAAAUUUGGGUUUAGUAGAGAAAUAUUACAACUCUACAGGUGUUAACAUUAAACUAGAUCCAGAAAUGAAAAUCCCCUGUUCGAUCAUACAUGGAAAUCAGUCAUGUGGUGAACAUGUUGUUUCUUUUUUUAUUCAAGCGUACAAAAGAGCUCUCCCUGUAUAUCUCCCUGUAUAUUUGAUUCCUGCAUUGAUAGUUCAUCGUCAAGGCCUCUUGAAAAGGCCUUGCAACAUAUUGGGGAAGGGUCUUCUUGGUACUGCAAGAUCAAGCUUGUUCCUGUCCACAUAUUGCUCAUCUGCCUGGAUGUGGACAUGUGUGCUUUUUAGAACCUUCAGGAGAUGUAACAUUCCAAUGGUGGCAUUGGGGACGUUCCCCACUGGCCUAGCCCUGGCAAUCGAGAAAAAAAGCAGGCGGAUCGAGAUCUCACUCUACUGCCUUGCACGUGCAAUUGAAAGCUUCUUCACAUGUAUGGCCGAUGUUGGCUACUUGCCGCAGGCAAAGAAUGUGAAAAGAGCCGACGUGGUGAUCUUCAGUAUCUCAACAGCUAUAAUCAUGCACUGCUAUUCACAGGAAAGGGAAGUGUUCCGGUCCAAGUACCUUAAUGUUCUUGACUGGGUGUUCGGUGUACCUCCUCCCCCUGGUGAAACGCCACGACGCAAAGAGAAUUGAAAGCAACUACAAGGCCUUUAAAUACAUCAGGAGGCUCGCAGGUUUCUAAUUUAGAUUUUCCCAAAAUAAUUACAGCAAUUGUUUGUAUCAUAGAAUUUUUAUUUUUAUUUUUUUUUUGAAUCAAAUCAUAGAAUUUUUAUUGACACUCUUUUUCUUCUUUACUGAACAUAUGAUGUGCCUGAAAGAAAGCAGCACUUGAAGCC